AUGUGGAGAGCUAUCAAUUUUACCUGGAUGUAUCUGAGCACUCUCAGUCUCUGGUUUGCCACUUGGCUCGCUGUCUUCUACUGUGUGAAGAUCACCAGCUUCAACCAACCCCUUUUCCUCUGGCUGAAGCUGAGAUUUUCAGGGCUACUUCCAUGGCUUAUUCUGGGCUCCUUGCUGGUCUCUUUGGCCACCUCUCUCCCUUCAGUCAAUUUUUUUACAUUGACAAAUAAGUUCGCUACCAGCAGCCCCUACCUUAUAUGGCUCUGUAUUAUGAUACUAGGUGGAUAUCCCUCUGGGCAUUCUGUUAUCCUGAUUCUCAGCAAUCCCAAACUGAAAGAAGCAGCACUAAAGGGCUUGCACAAUGCCAGGUGUCUGCAGGAAGAUGAGAGUCAGUGA